AUGUCGGGAGCUCCCUAUAACUACUCCUACAUCUUCAAAUACAUAAUCAUCGGUGAUAUGGGUGUUGGCAAAUCAUGUUUGUUGCACCAAUUUACGGAAAAGAAGUUCAUGGCAGACUGCCCACAUACCAUCGGUGUUGAGUUUGGGACUCGUAUAAUCGAGGUCAGCGGACAGAAAAUCAAACUUCAAAUCUGGGACACUGCUGGGCAAGAAAGAUUUCGGGCCGUUACACGUUCAUAUUAUCGUGGAGCUGCUGGAGCUCUGAUGGUUUAUGACAUCACAAGGCGCUCAACCUACAAUCAUCUCAGCAGCUGGCUAACGGAUGCACGAAAUCUAACCAAUCCGAACACGGCCAUUUUCUUAAUUGGCAAUAAAUCUGAUCUCGAAGGACAGCGAGAUGUACCUUACGAAGAGGCUAAAGCGUUCGCUGAGGAAAAUGGCCUUACAUUCCUAGAAUGCUCGGCAAAGACUGGUGACAACGUCGAAGACGCGUUUUUGGAAACAGCGAGGAAGAUCUACCAAAAUGUAAAGGACGGCAGCAUCGACCUCAAUGCAGCUGAUACGGGAGUUCAACCGAAACAAAAUCUUCCACACACGUAUACGAUGCUAAUGUUUGUGCAUAUGUUCUCGCCUUCGCAUAAUGGUUGUGAGCAUGUGAAUUUUUUUCUCAUCAAAUUUCUUCAAAGUAGGAUUCUAUAUUUCUAA